UUAUCAAAUGAUUAAGCAAUUCCAAACACCCCUUUAAAGAUGUUAGGGCUUGAAUUUCAUCACUUCCAAAAUUUCAGCGUUUCUCCCGCCCUGAAGCAACUUUGAAAUACAUUCGAAAGAUCACCAUUUCUCUUUAGUCGAUCAAACCGUUCCAAGGAUCAUUAUUUAAACUUGCACAAAGAAAGAGAGAACAAAAAAUGUCAAAUCAACUCAUUCAACAGCGAUUGAUCAUUCAGAAUGAGAAUUCAAACAUCAUCCCAAAGAAGACGAUGAUGAUUUCUGAAGAAAAAAAGAAAUCAAAGUUGGGUUUAGGGAAAGGAAGUCGUAAAGCACUUAAUGACAUCACAAAUAAACCCAAAAUCCAUCAACAUCAAGAAACAUCAACUAAGAAAAAGAAUUCACAAAAGGAAAAGGAAAAGGAAGAGUUUAAUAUUGCAGAAGAAAGGUUUUUGCAUGACCACAAUAAGUGUAUUCAGGCACAACAAACAAUCACUGAAUCAAUGUUUUGGGACAUUGUUCUUCCAGGACAUUAUGGGAAUUUGCCAUUAGAAGCUCAGUUGUCCGAUCCUUUAAAGAUUGACCAUUAUACCCCUGUGGAGUUGGAAAUGUCAGAAUUCUGUGAUUGGUUGGAGUUGGGACCUCCAUCGGAAUCUCCAUUGCAUUUGGAAUCUACUCCAUGCUCUCCUCGUGCUUGGGAUUUUGAAGAGGUUGAAUUCUUUUUGAAGCCGGAAAUUGAUAUUUAAAACAGCUAAAACCAUUAUUUCAUUAUAUAUGAUUAUUUAGAGAAUAUUAAUAUAGUUGUAUGUACUUUUGUUGCCCAAAUUACUUCAGCACCAGUUUGCAAUAACGAGAAUUAUGUAAAUGUUUGUGGAUCAGUUGCACACAACAACAAACGGAUUUUGUAUA